GAAAAUAUCAAGAGAAGCAAUGCUAUUUAAACAGAUGGAAUUUCUUCUCUAAGUUAUUUGAUGUAAAAGAUUUUUACCGUCCUUCCUUUGCUUGCCACUGAGUCAGGAAUAUCAUCUUUGGAAGCAUUUGCAUCACACAGAGAAUUGUUUUCGUAUUUAUUUUCAUGAUGCACAGCUUCCUUCAAGUUUCUGUCUUCCUAUUGGAAAUAAUAUUUCUCCAAGGAUAUGAGGUUUGGAGGCCACCUCACAUUAUAUUCAUUUAUGCAGAUGACUUGGGUAUGAAUGACAUCAGUUUGCGGGGAUCCCCACAGAUUCCAACACCGAAUAUCGACGCCCUCGGUCUCAAUGGAUUGUUCUUGGAUAAUUAUUACGGAGAGUGGCUCUGCACGCCUUCCAGGGGUGCUUUUCUCACUGGAAAGUACCCUAUUCGAUUAGGCCUGCAACAUUCUGCUCUUCAUGUUGGAGAAGCUUCGGGACUGCCUCUGCGUGAAAUUAUUUUGCCGCAAUAUUUGAAAAAUCUGGGUUAUCAAACGCAUAUGAUCGGAAAGUGGCAUCUGGGCUACCAAACUAAAGAGUUCACUCCUACCUACAGAGGAUUCGAUUCAUAUCUCGGAUACUUCAAUGGCUACAUCGAUUAUUAUGAUCAUACCAUUUAUGAAAAAACGAAUUUAACUACUAAACCUAAAUACUUCGGACUGGACUUUCAAAUGGGAACCGACAUCCUCAAGGGCCAGCAAGGGAAGUACGCAACGCAUCUCUUCACCGAAACUGCCGAACAAAUUAUUUACGACCAUGAUACGACAAAGCCACUUUUCCUGUACUUAGCUCAUAUAGCAGCUCAUUCUGGCAACCCCUUCAAACCGGAACAAGCGCCUCCAGAAGUUGUUUCUAAAUUUAAGUACAUCAAACAUUUAAACCGUCGAAUUCAUGCAGCCAUUGUAUCAGUUCUGGAUGAUGGCGUUGGAUCUGUUUUCAGAGCCCUCCACCAAAAAGAUAUGCUAAAGAACAGCAUUUUUUUGUUCGUUUCUGACAACGGCGGGGAAGUAAAUCCGGAGGAUGGUGGUUACGGAUCCAACUACCCUCUAAGGGGCAAAAAGGAAACGCCGUGGGAAGGUGGCAUCCGUUUGCCAGCAGUCAUCUGGAGUCCGUUUCUGAAUCUUAAAAAACCACGUAUUUCUAAACAGCUCAUGCAUGUAACAGACUGGCUUCCAACUUUGUACAGAGCUGCAGGGGGAGAUCCUCGUGAUUUGGGCCCCAUCGAUGGUUUUGACAUGUGGGACGCACUCCUGGAAGAUUCUUCCUCACCAAGAACUUACAUUCUGCAGAAUCUAGACCCUGUUUUUGGAACAUCAGCAUUUAGACAAAGAGAUCUGAAAGUGGUCAAUGGAACCACGGGUAUUGGUUUUGAUUCCUGGUAUGGACCUUCAGGAUUCGAAGGUCUCAACGGUCCAGCCAACUUUGAAUGGGUUUUCAAAGAUGGAAGUGUCGUGGCAGAAGUCUUGAGGGAAAUGGGAAUGUGGAUUGCUGAAAAUCCGGACAAUACAUAUGAACGUCUUCGAAUAAAAUGCCAAAAGCCACCCCCUCAGAGUGCUCAUAGUAGUUGCCAAGCUGACAAAAGUCCCUGCCUAUUCAAUAUCACCGAUGAUCCUUGUGAAUAUAAAAAUUUAGCAAAUCAAUAUCCAGAAGUGGUGGCCAAUAUGAUGGACAUUAUCAACGUGUACAAAGCAGAAUCAAUGAAGCCUCAAUCUAAAAAAUGUGAUCCAGAAGGCGACCCCAUGUGCCAUAAUUUCCUGGUUGUACCUUGGCUGGACCCAGAGUACUACAUUAAAUGCGAUUUCUCAGAGGGCAGUGUAAUAAAAAAAGAAUCACAUCAACAAUAGUAACAAUUAAUAAUUUCGCACUUUUUCAUUGCAGUAAUAAAAUUGACUCAAUCGAACCCACAGCUAUUUUUCCUUUAUCAUAAUUUAUUAAACAAAGCUAUUCGAUCUAUUUUGUUGUCAAAUCCUUGUGGAGAAUAGCUAAUCAAAAAAUAUUGAAUGAAUAUCUUACUGCAUAUCAUUAUUAUUUUAUUGAUUGGAUGUCAUUCAAAUUCUAAUAAAAUAAUUCACAAAUUAAGAAUGUGAUAGUU